AUGGCCUCUGCAAGCACAACGAAGGCGCAGAGGGCCGUGGGCUCGACCGCCUGGAUCGCGGCUGAGAGGGAGAAUAUCCAGUUACUGAUAAACCAGGAGAUGGAAGAAAUCGACUAUCCUGUGCAGAAUGAGAUGGAUUGGCUGAAUGAGCAUAUGGCUGAAAUCUUCAGUAGGAACCAAUUUAAUGUAACUGAGAUCUUCAAGACGCCGGGAAAGUUAAGAGGGAAGACUCCAAGAACUGCCAGGAAACAUAAGACCCCACGAGAGGCUCGGGUUCCCUUGGGCGACAUAUUCUCGGCACAACAGAAUGUGCGAAACAGCCCUGCGCCGCCUAAUCGAUUCCACCAGGAUAUCGCCAAAUUGGCUCCGAAGUCGUCCCCAAAAGAGCAACCAAAAUACUCGUCCCCAGUUCAAUAUCACCAAACGAAACAACCAAUUUAUAAUACUGACUCUGGAUACCAUGGCAUGCCCGAUGAGGAUGAUGAAAUGGAUCUUGUAUACUCGGAACCGCACAAUGACCCGGAGCCGGGAUCAAAAUCGGUCCCAGAACCGGAACGACAAGCAGGAUCGGAGCAGGCGUCAGAAGAAGAGCCAGAGCCACAUUCACAGUCAAAUCCAAACCUUGAAGCGCAGCAGGUACUCGAGCCGGAAUCAGAGCCCGAAUCACAACAUCAGCGUGGGCCCGAACCUGUUGAAACAGAUACCCAACCACUUGAAGACUCGACCAUUGUUAUUCCUCGCGAUCGCAAUGACCUCAGCCCGUCUGUUGAUCGACGCACAACCGAUGCUUCGUUCCACUCCGCAAGAGAAGUAGCCCCAAGUAAGGAGAGCACGGUGGAACCCAUGGAUAUUGACGAUUACAAAUCCACCCCCAUUGCUGCCCCUAAACAGGCCUCCAGUGUGCAUAAUGAGUCACCUCAAGAACCGGUUCAUCUCCCUGGAAGUUUUGACACCACACCGUUUGAAAAAGUUAGUACGGCUGAAGUAGAAACUCAUGAACAUGAUGCCACUUUCGAUCAUCAUUUUGACGACAUUGGAUCGCCUUCGGAUGGCUCAACUCCUGACCGCCCUCCCAUCCGUAAAAGUAGCUUGAGCUUUGCCUCUCUACCAGCUCGGGAGCCAAUAACAACAAAACGAAGCAUGGGGGGCCAUAGGAUGUCGAGAACCAGUCAUAUUGACCCUUCCAAAUCAAUCCAGGGAGGUUAUUAUGGACGACAAACUGGAGGCGCAAGAAUAACCCAAAUUUUACCGGAAGGGCACGCCGAACAAGAAAAUGUUGAGGAAAAUACGAAGUCUGCUGAAGAUCGCGCUCCUGCUCUACAUGAGGACUCAGAGCUUACAACGAAGGGUGCAAAUAUUUAUAAUAAAUCAUCUACGCAGCUGCUCCACGAGAAAAUCAAUAUGCUUGGUAAAUCUCAGCCAUCGAGGAGUACCAAAUCAAUCCCAGCGCCAGCACCCAAUACUGCUUCCCACAUUCAAUAUCCCGAGUUGUUGUCGCAAGUCGAACCUGUUGUCGAUAAACCAAGGAGACCAUCCCUAGUUACGACACAAACUUACGAUAGCCGAACAGCGCCAACUAGGUCGCCGCAACAGUUCCAACCUUCCCACUUUAUGAGAGAUGCGACCCCUGAAGCCCCCCCACACCUUAGCCGGGCUGCAGCUCAAGAAGUUAGUAUGUCUAGGAUUAUGCACAGCCGAUCGCCAGAGAAGCGUUCCCCUGCGGCCAAGCCGUUUGGUGCCACUGGUGCUUUUCAUUCGAAGUCGGCGUCAACCUCGAUAAUUACAAGCCCCAGGGCGAAUACUGUACGUCAUCAGAGAACCACAUCUAAUCGUGAAACUGUUACGCCAGUUUCCUCCCCAAAAAGGGAUGAUGGCCCUCUGAGUGCCUCCAAAUCUAGACUACAGUCGAUCAUGAAAACUGCCAAAGGGCUAUUUACCAGUACGGGCAGUGUAUCUGCAGCGGCAAAAAUGGAGGCUUUGACUUCAUCACCUACACGUUCCCAUACGGGCCUCUACCCAAAUCUUCAAGAAAUGUUCUCCCAAGAACCUCAACCUCCUGCAACUCAGAGCCCUUCGUUACAGGAAGGACGACGAACUAGGAGUUCGACAGAGAGGGAGGAAAAACGAAAAGAGAAAGAGCGCCAGGAGGCACAACGAAUGGAGGAACAAUUGCGAAAAACUCGAGAACAAGAAACGCAAGGGCCAGCCAUGAUAAAUUCCGCACUAGAGCGACGUCUACCACCCAAAUCAAUGGGAAUACCGGCUGCCCCAGAAUCACUUGCAACGAGAUCUAGUCCCAGAAGACCACCAACGCAACAAUCUGUACGUGAACCGGAACAAAGCCGGGAAGCGGAGAACAAAUUUACUGUUCCUGCGAAGCAACAUCCUCAACCCAAGCAAAAUGAGAACCGUCGUCCUGUAAGACCUACGAGGGAAAUCCAGAAGCCAAAGCCUCAGCCGGUGUCUAUCCGCGUUGGAACUCUUUCACAACGCAUCCCGUUGUCCAGUUCCUCACUUUCGUCCAGUGUCCAAGAACCGGCGCCGAACCCGACUCCAGCAGCAAAACCUCCCGCACCAGCCGUGAAUAAAAAGGGAAGCAAGUUGUCAAUGCAGACGAAUACAUCUACUAGUAGUUUCAAGAGCGCCACCUCUACCACGAGUUUGAAAUCGAAGGCCGCACAGGCGGCGGAGAAAAAGAAAGAGGAGCAACGUGAGGCCCAACGGAAGCUGGAACAGCGUCGAGAAGCAGAACGGAAGCGCGUAGCUCAUCAGGAAGAAGCGCGCCGACAAGAGCAGGCCAGUCGUGCUGAGGCUGAACGACGAGAACGGGAGCGAUCGGUAACGGACGACCCCAAGAAACUUGCCCAUAAGCAAGCGAUAGAAAAGAGACGGUUGGAGAAUGCACGGAAAUUAGAACAACAGCGCAGCCAACAGCCAACGCCUAUUAAUGACCUGGGUUCAAUUCUUCACCAAGAGAAGAUUGCUUUGCAAGGAUCUCAGCGCAAUGACCUACCAUCCACCAGACCUUCGAGGCUGAAUAGUACACAAGAACAAGCUCGUACUGUCAAUUACCCACCGCCAAACCCCGCCAAACCCCCAAAGAGAGCUCUCGAGGAUGAAAGUUCAGGUCGUCCGGUUACCGGGAAAGUAGGAGCAGCUAUUCACCAGGUGGACGGCAAACGUCGGAAGACGGAUGACGAAAUUGCUUCCGCUGAGCCACCCGUUCGAUCAACGAUGGCACCUCCAAUCCGCCAGUCCAACGUUCGCAAGCAAACGUACAAUCACGGGUAUUCGACAAUGCAGCCCCCGCCAGUCCCCCACCAAGCCGGCCCAUCGAUUUUCAAGAACCCUCCAGCGCCACGCCAUUUCCAGCCUGUACCUCCCAUGCAAUCGCAGCAACAUCGGAACGGUCACCCGUUGGAGAUGUCAAAAUUUGCCAACGGUAAAAUCCCGUUCGCCGACAACGCCAACCCGCCCCAUCCCUCCACUCAUAAAACCCCUGCGCAAGGCUCGCAGAAAGUUCUCAAAUCCUCCCCUGCCUACCCGAAUGGUGAUAGCAUCAAGCUCCCCGAAAUCCUCACAGACAGCGAGGAUGAGGACUCGGAUACCGAACCCUACAACGUUCCCGAUUGGGCCAAGCCUGAAAACCUCAAUAACAUCCUCAUUAGCCAGGAAGGCAAGGAUGGGGAGCAAGUAUUCGGCCCCUCCGCUCCGUUGCACAUGGAGGAGAUAUUUAAGGAUAACAAGGAUCGAUUUAAGCGUUUCCGCGAUCGGACUAGUAGUGCCAAUUGGGCUGGGCCGGACGGAUUGACGCAGGAUGAAAUCAAGUGGGACUUAGCGGAGAGGGAGCGGUUGAAGAGGAAUGGCGGAUGGACGUUUGGCCCUUAG